UAAACUUGGAGAUGUCCAAAAAUUUGUCAGAAUAACUGAGCCAAAUCUGAAAGACUUUUUGAUUGCAGCAUUUGCAAGUUUGGUGUCCCAGCUGUAACAGAAGGUGUGAAAGUUGUUGACAGUUCAGGGACUGAAUUGGAUGAUGAUGUUUUUGAGGAUAUUAUAAAGGAUCCCUCAACUGGGGUGCUAACCAUCAAAUAUGACUCAGAAUCUGUCUCCAUGGUGGCCUCUUCUGAGCAAUCCCAACCAUCAUCCCUUGAUACCUUGGACUCUGAGGAUACAGUCAUUAUUUCAGAUAGCCCCUCCAGAAAACGCCAGAGGCUGGAUACAGAAGCCAAGCAAUUGGUGGAAUCAGCUCUUACCAACAAACCCGGUGGGGAACGUAUAAUAAAUGAAUACAACCGAACCAAGUCCUUGACGGAUGAAACAAGACGCAAAAUGGUGAACAUGCUGGCAGCUGACAUGACAGAAAAGAAUGGUACAUCUCCACCCAGACAGGUGAAAGAAAUGUAUGCCAAAGGAAUAGUGACCUUAUUCCCGUACCUCAGUGACCCAUUCUCUAAGAAUGGCUAUGAGCAUUAUUAUGAUGGCGAGAGUGGAACUGGGUACUUGGCCUGGAGGAUUAAAACUAUUCAGAGAGGCACCGCCAAAGACAGGCGAUCAUCAUUCGGAGAAUCAGCCAAAGGAUCAACUGGUGAAGACAUGUCUGGAGGACCGACUGUCAGACGAGAAUCCCAGUUUGUUCCAGAGACUGCCCUGACUGAAGAUGAGUGCAACGAAGCAAUCUCACUGAUGAAACAUUCUGCUGAUGCAGACACAAUCAAGAAGAAAAUGAAACUGACGUUUGUGUAUCGCCGCAAAAUGAUCCUCGACCCCCAGCAGUCAAGCAACAUACUGUCUGAGUUUCCACGUUUUAAAGACAUCAAAAGCUUGGUAAUUAUGUUAUUUUGAAAAUACUAUGACAAGUGAAUUGUUUUGUAAGACAUUGUAGUGAUACUAGCUAGCUAAACUAGCACCCAAUACAAUUGUGUAAAACCCAAUGUAUUUUGUAAAAUCAAAAUUAUUGCUGUGAAAGAUGACUGUGUAUUGCUCUGUGGAAAACUGAUGGAAACUGUGUUUUGAUUACCAUUACUAUGCCUUUAAGGUCAGGAUGCAUCCAGACAGGGUUCAAAAGGUGAUCAACAUUAAUGAACUGUGUUACUUUAAACCUUUUGAUGUUCAAAUGAAGUAUGGAACGACAGA